AUGGCGAAAAAUUUGCAGAGUUCAGUGAUCGCGCUGAAUAAAUUGAUAGUUCGCGAUGUACCCAGGAGUACAAAGUUGUUCUUUUUGGUAGCCGAUGAUCCAUGCUUUGAUUUAUUUGUUGUGAGUUUUUCUUCCAAAGCAGUUGUCGAGCAAUGGAAACAGAUAAUUGAAACAUCCAAGCAGAAUGCUCCGAAACGAGGUUUGUGCUGA